CGGGCCUUGGUAUUUUUGGCCAAGAGGUUUGAGAAGACGCCAAAUCUCUCUUUGUCCUGUUUGAGCGGGAUGACGGGCAAUAGCGUCGUUGCGAGUCGGCACGGCAAAUGAGGCCUCGCAGGACUGCAAUCGACAAGAAAGCCAUGCUGCUCCGUCCGCACUCGGGACUUCCGUGCCGGCAAAGGAUGAAAGAAUGAUGAAGGAUUAUGCACCCUGCAGGUCGGAAACACGCUCAAUGAGACUAGACGGCCCAACUGCCUGUGCGGCAAUAUUCAACCAACACCACGGCCACAGUGUGCUGAUCCACGUUGGGCAAAUCAUCCGGCACUUCAGGGCACUUCAGGGCAGGAUCAUCAGGUACGACGAAGCGGUCGACCGCGAGAGAGCUACCGCCUUGGCCGUUUCUUGGGUGUCGGUCGCAUUUCAGCUCGUCCUUGGCAAAUCUCUCGUUGAGGCCGGCACCGCAUUGAUCCCUGAAAUUGUGCUUUGUUUUGCCGAUCCCCUCCUCCACGUGCGGUUGAGUCAGAAGCGCACUUUUUUUCUCUUUGUCAACGUGCACCCACGCAUCGUAACAUUGCUGCUCCCCCGGCGAUGCAACCGGUCGAUUGACGAAACGACGAGGACCGUCACUUCAAUGGUGUGAUUCGCCGUCGCGCCGAAAUGAGCAGGGGGCGCCAUGGGCGACAAUUCAGCCUAGGUGAGGUGGUGGGGUCAGCCAAGAAAGGACCAA